AUGCAAGCAGACUUGGUUGUUACUGUUUGCUUAUUGGAGAAGUACUUCCCGCCUUCAUUUUUCGACGUUAUGAUCCAUCUAACUGUGCAUCUCGUAAGAGAAGUUCAGCUUUGUGGUCCAGUAUUUUUUUGGUGGAUGUACCCCUUCGAGAGGUACAUGAAAGUCUUUAAAGGGUGGGUUAGAUGUCGAACGCAUCCUGAGGGAUGCAUAGCAGAGUCAUAUAUUGUCGAAGAGGCUAUUGAGUUUUGCACUGAACGUAUGCUUACUGAUGCUUCUACUGCUGGAAUCCCUCAAAGUUCCAAACCACGAGCCCGUAAUGCAUCCAAACCGCUAUCAGGCGCUACCAUGAUUUCUGUCUAUGGCAAGGAGAUGCAUCAAGCACAUCUGUGUAUAUUGCAGAAUACCGAGGAUGCAAGUCCUUAUUUCAUUGAACAUCUGGAAUUGUUGAAGCUUCUCAAUCCAAGGUUUUCCAAAAAUGAAAAGUGGCUGAAGGAUAAACAAAACCAGACCUUUGCUGUCUGGUUAAAAGAGAGGGUUUCAAAUGAACUGCAGUUUCCGGACAAUAAUGUUUCGGAAACAAUGAGGUGGAUGUCAAGUGGACCGAAUCAUGUAGUGCCGACCUUUAGUGGAUACCAGGUUAAUGGUGUUGAUUUCAACACUAAGGAGCGGGACAAUGUGCGAUCAGUGAAAAACAGUGGGGUUUUUUUGGUGGCUGAUGCAAUGCAAGUUUCUAGUGCAAAGGAUAAAAAUCCCAAAACUAAUGAUAUGGACUUCUAUGGUGUCAUACAACAAAUAUGGGAGCUGGACUACUACAAGUUUAGGGUACCGUUGUUUAAAUGUGAUUGGGUUGAGAAUGUUAGGGGCAUUAAAGUAGAUGAACUAGGGUUCACAUUGGUAAAUCUGAAUAGGAAAGGUCAUCUUAAUGAUGCUUUUGUCUUAGCUAGCCAUGUUAAGCAAAUAUUUUACAUUGAGGAUCCCCUCGAUGCUCAAUGGUCAGUGGUAGUAAGGGUGCCAGAUAGAGACUAUCAAGGGGCUGAUUCGGAUGAGGAGUUAGAAGAUAUUGAAGUAGAACAACAGCCAUUUGAAGCAACAAUGCCAUCCAUCGAGACUUUUGAUAAUAUAGAUGGCGAUCAGCAUAGCAAUUAUAUGCGUCCUGGAGAUGAAGCAAUAUGGGUCAUGGCUCCAUCUGCAAGCACAUCGAAAGUUGCUAGAUCUAUAGCCUUAAGGAUAAAGGCGGUGCAGAUGAAACGUAGUAGAAAAACCGUCUCUGAACCACCUAUUACUUCUCCAAAUCGUAAACCUGCUACCCCCAAGAAGGCUGAAGCAAGACUGACAGAAGCCAACAAGGCUACCCUCCCUAGGAGAAGUUCGCGAAAACAUAAAGCUACUCAGUCCAGCAAGGAUGCGUCCGCCAGGAGAAGUAUGCCACCGCCUAAAGCAGGAAAUUCCAAGAAGGCUGUGGCAGCAAAGAAGUCGUCGUCCGGUCAUAAGUCUGCAAAGAGCAAUUCAUCAGAGGAUUCUGAUGAUGAUGAUAACAUCACUAGUGGAUUGAGGUUGCUUAAGCGAGGGAUGGUAACCAUGAAUAAAAUUACUAGGCGACUGAUUCGAGGAAAGAAGCUAAAGGUGAAUUCUAAUGCUGAUGGGGAGCCAAUUGGGAAGGCAGCUAAGGAGAUGCAGUCAUACAUUGGGGUGUUGGCACGCACCAAGAUCCCAAUAUCUAUAAAUGAUUGGAGAAAUGUGCCUUUGGAUGAAAAAGACAAGAUUUGGAAUAGUAUUCAGGAUGCUUAUGUGGUGCCAAAAGAAUGGAAGAAAUUGGUGAUUACAUCAGCCGGCCAUAAAUGGAGAGAGUUCAAGAGCAAACUAACGAACUGGUACAUUAUUCCCUAUCUGGAUUCUCCUGAACUUUUACAGUUCCCUCCAGAUGAUUAUCGAUCCAUUGAGGUAGAUGAAUGGAAUACGUUCGUGGCUGAUAGAACUUCACAACAAUUUCAGGUACUCCGUGAAAAGCAGAAAAUAAAGAGGAAGGAGAAUAAGUAUCCUCAUCGAAUGUCACGGAAAGGAUAUGCUAACUUCCAAGAAGAACUGGCUGAAAAAAUACCGAUUGAAGAAUUGGAUCGUGCUACGAUGUGGAUAAAGGCCCGGCAAGACAAGAGCGGCAACUUCAAAGGGCCAGCAGUGAAGAAGAAGGUCGAAAAAAUUGAAAGUUUGAAGAGGAAAGUGUUUGAAGGAGAAAUCAACCCUGAAGGAACAGAUGAUGUUCUGACUUUGGCGUUGGGAAAUCCUGAGUAUCCUGGUAGGGUACGUGGUGUUGGUGGCUUCGUCAAGCCUUCGGCAUAUUUUCAUCUACCUAAACGCCAAAUGCUAAAUGUAGAAGAUAGUGUCAGGGUAAGUGUUAAGAAGAUACUAGCAGAAGAGAAAGAAAAUAUCAUUACUCAGGAAAGAGCCAAAUGGGAGUUGGAGAUGGAGCAACAAAUUGCUACGGAAAGAGCCGCUUGGGAGGAAAGGUUUCAGAAGUUAGAAGCGAUGGUUAAUGGGAAAGAGAUGCCAGCUGACUCACCCAAACCUGUGACACCGCUGAAUGAUUUAGGCUCUGGCCAAGGCAGCUGUUCAAGGCACCUUGAAAAGGUUGGUUUGAAAGCUAUUGAAAUUGAAGCCGCCAAAACUGCCAAGAAGAAGUUAGAUUUAGGGGAGGACCAGCAGAAAGUAGUUGAGGAGAAUGAAGUCUUUGUGGAUGGGGAGCUGAACAUCAAACUAACCUCGAUUAUUGAGGAGGAGGUUCAGUCCACCAAUAUUGUCCAGUCAGGGUGUAAACUUGCGAUAGAUUCAUUGGACAACAUAGUGGCUGAAGGAACGAUCAUUCAAGUGGAUGUUGACUCCAGCAAGCAAACUAUCCAUGGUGUUCCAUUGGCUGAGGAAAAUGUCCGAGUAUCGAUCACCAAAUCUAUUGUUGCUAAUGCUUUGCUACCAAUUCCUAUUAAUGAUGAGAUUCUGUUUGUCCGCGAUGCAAUUGGUACAUGCAUUGCUUGGCCUAGAGACUGGGUUAUACCCACUGCAGCUGAUGCAAAGCGGGAAAAGAUUAAGGUUGUGAGGAGGAAAAAGAAGGAUAUAUAUGAUGAUUUUUUUGAUCAUGAUGAUUUGGACAAGCUGCCACCCAAUUUGCCUCCACCACUUAAGACGUUGGCCACAUGGGCUAAUGAUAACUUGAAGGAUGGGAUCACCAUCCACACAACCUUAGGCGAGGAAUUAUUUGGAUAUCUAAAAAAGGUCGCCAUCUUCAGAAGGGAUGUGUAUGCCAUGACCAACAUGAAGGAGGUUUCUGCCGGCUGCAUUGUGAUGUAUAUGAGCUUCCUUUAUCAAGUGUUGAAGAAAUCAAAGAUGCUUGACAUGAUUGGCUUCGUAGAUCCUGCUAAUACUGGUAUCAUUGGCUGUGGAAAUCCAACUGAACGGGCUCGUUCUUUGUCAGUUUCUUAUGAAAGAGGGAAGCCUGGUCAGAUUUUUUUAGUCCCCUAUAAUUCAGGCGGUCAUUGGAUGUUGACGGUGACAAACCCCACUGAAGAAGUUGUGUAUUUCAUGGAUCCGCUAAAGAGGCGACUCAUCACCGGUGAAUGGAGAACUAUUGUGGACAACUCCAUCAAAAUAUUCAAUGCACAAAAACAUAGGAAAGGCCGAAAGACAGUUCAAUGGAAAAACUGUGCAGGCAUUCCGGAGCAGAUGGGUGAUAAGACUUGUGGAUAUUGGAUUAUGCAUUACAUGAGGGAUAUAGUGGAGGACAAAAACCAAGAGUGGAGUGCUAAGUGGGAAAGAAAAGCAAAUCACUAUUACACAAUGGAGAAUGUUGAUGCUGUCCGGGCAGAGUGGGCAAAGUAUGUUAUGAAGUUCAAAGAUAACUAGUGCAUGUGUAGGUUAACUAGUAGUUGAAGAUAUGUAGCACCAACUUUUGGACAUGCAAAGUUGAUAUAUAUAUAGGCCAGAUUUUGAUUGCAGUACUGCUAGCUAUUUUGCUAUGUUGUUUAGUUGGUUGCCCACAUUGUGUAGUGCUUCUGGUUUAUUAGCAAGCAGUACUGCAUGCAUAUAUUUUGCUGGCUGCCCAGAUUAGUAGA